AUGGCACCCCAUCGAAAGGCGCCUAGCCCGACCGAAAGUGAUUCAGGUUCCGAAGUGGAUUUGAGUAUAGAUCUCCAGUACAAGCCGAGUUCAAGUAUUCCGCAGGCUAUGGAAAACAUUGACAAAUGGAAGUCGAAGCGAUCCGAGAUCCAGAAGGGCAUCGAAAAAGACUACGUAGAUAAAUUGACGGUUCUGAAGAAUAAGAUCAAGGCAUACUAUCAAAAUGAGGCGCAAAAGACUUCCGAUCACAGCCAACAGCGAGUUGAGAGGCUGAUCGCAGCACUGGAGAAACGCAUUGCAUGUGAAGAGAAGAUCAGCAAACGAAUUGAUUCGCUCCGAGAUGAUUGUGCUCACAUUGCUAUGCUGGUAGAUGCAAUCUACACUGGCCGCAAAGAAGCCGCCACUCAGUCAGCAAAGACUUGCAAUCCUAAUCCACCCAAGGAUUAG